AACCCCACACGCGGCAGGGACGGCGGGCGCGGCGGGCCGAGCGCGCGCGAUGACUCACUUCACCGUGGUGCCGGUGGACGGGCCGCGGCGCGGCGACUAUGACAACCUCGAGGGUCUCAGUCGGGUGGACUCCGGGGUGCGCACGGAGCGGGCGGACUCGGCCGGACAUGGCAGCCACAGAGAGAACAGCCCUUUCCUUUGUCCCUUGGAGGCUCCCAGAGGAAGUGACUACUAUGACAGGAACCUGGUACUAUCUGAGGAAGAGCUGGACAUCCGCCCAAAGGUAUCAUCUCUUCUGGGCAAGCUCGUCAGCUACACCAACCUCACCGGUGCCAAGGAGCACGAGGAGGCUGAGAGUGGAGAGGGCACCCACCAGAGAGCAGCCAAGGCACCCAGCAUGGGCACCGUUAUGGGGGUGUACCUGCCCUGCCUGCAGAAUAUCUUUGGGGUUAUCCUCUUCCUGCGGCUGACCUGGAUGGUGGGCACAGCCAGUGUGCUACAGGCCCUCCUCCUUGUACUCAUCUGCUGCUGCCAGACCUUGCUGACGGCCAUCUCCAUGAGUGCCAUUGCCACCAGUGGCGUGGUUCCAGCUGGGGGCUCCUAUUUCAUGAUCUCCCGCUUGCUGGGGCCAGAAUUUGGAGGUGCUGUGGGUCUGUGUUUCUACCUAGGAACAACAUUUGCAGCAGCCAUGUACAUCCUGGGGGCCAUUGACAUCUUGCUUACCUACAGUGCCCCGCCAGCUGCUAUUUUUUAACCAGCAGGCGCUCAUAACACAUCGAGUACCACCUUGAACAAUAUGCAGGUAUAUGGGACCAUUUUUCUGACCUUCAUGACCCUGGCGGUGUUUGUCGGUGUCAAGUAUGUGAACAGAUUGGCUUCGCCCUUCCUGGCCUGUGUUAUCAUCUCCAUCCUCUCCAUCUAUGCUGGGGGCAUCAAGUCUAUUUUUGACCCUCCUGUGUUUCCGCAAGUCACCUGGGAAUAUAUCCAGGUGUUGCACUGACAGUCCCUCCCAAGUAGAUGGCUUUGGUGCCUGAGUCCCAGAGGCCACAGGGUGGGAACAGGUUGGGACCUCCAGUUGAGCAGGUACUAAUCCUUCCUCCCCCAAAGUCCCUCACCCCAUUUUCACCUCCAGAGUAUGUAUGCUGGGUAACAAGACCCUAUCCCAGGACCAGUUUGACAUCUGUGCCAAGACGGCCAUGAUAGACAAUGAGACAGUGGCCACCCAGCUAUGGAGCCUCUUCUCACAGGCCCAACCUUACCACUGACUCCUGCGACCCUUUCUUCCGGCUCAACAACGUGACUGAGAUCCCUGGCAUCCCUGGUGCAGCUGCUGGCCUGCUGCAGGGUGCGUCCAUCCCCCCGCCCCGCCCUCCUGCUCCUGACCCACAGGCGAAGCAGGAGGCAGGGGAUGGGCACGGAGGGAGACUGGCGCACAGAACCAUCCUUGUAUGGCCAUACAAGGGGGCAGGUCUGGCUGCCUUCCCAGCCCAGCAGUGUCCUCUCAACCUGGCUCCUGGCAGCUAGGUUUCGGUUGAACAGAGACUGCUUGGCCAGCAUCCCAGGCCUACAGCAGCCCCCAGAAAUUUCUAGCAGCCCCUCUCUUCCCAGCCACGAGCCCCUGACGCUGCCUGGGAUUGUUCUUGCAGGAGCCAUAGAGGGCUUCUGUGUAGGAGGCAGGCAGUGGUGGGACACUGGCUGAUGGAUCAGCCACCUUGCAUGUCAGACUUCUAGCCUUGCCUGUGGCCAGAGCAGCCUUGUGGCUGAUGCCAUAGUCAUUAGGCUGCAGCCGGCCCCGCUCCCCAUCAGGCCCAGAGGCUCUUACAUGUGCAGUCUCUGGCUGGGGUGCCCCAAACUGCCCCAGGAAAGUAGGGGGGCUGUGGUAGUGAUGCUGCUGUGCUGCAGAAAACCUGUGGAGCACCUACCUGGAGAGAAGUGAGGUGGUGGAGAAGCCCGGGCUUCCCUCCACGGAUGCCCUCAGCCUGAAGGAGAGCCUUCCCCUGUAUGUGGUGGCUGACAUCACCACGUC